CACAAUCCAAUUAAAAUUUUCGAAAGGAGUUUAUUAAAAAUUUUUCAAAAUUUUUUUAAGAAUGCAACCUAUAAAUUCUUUUAAUAUGGAUCGUUCUGGGGUAGGCACAAGUUCAGAAUUGGAUUAUGGUGCGGAUCCAGCAUCAGGAGGUUUUUUUAGUGCAGAUUAUAAAAAACAUGAAGAUUUAAAGCAAAUGUUGGAUAGCAAUAAAGAUAGUCUUAAAUUGGAGGCCAUGAAACGUAUCAUAAGUAUGGUUGCAAAAGGACGUGAUGCGUCUGAAUUAUUUCCAGCUGUUGUUAAAAAUGUAGUGUCGAAGAAUAUUGAAGUGAAAAAACUAGUGUACGUUUUUCUGAUGAGAUAUGCAGAAGAGCAACAAGAUUUGGCAUUGUUGUCAAUAAGUACUUUUCAAAGAGCUCUAAAAGAUCCUAAUCAGUUAAUUAGAGCCAGCGCUCUUCGUGUUCUUUCGAGUAUUCGUGUUUCAAUUAUUGUCCCGAUUGUUAUGUUAGCCAUAAGGGAAUCAGCAUCAGAUAUGAGUCCUUAUGUGAGAAAAACUGCAGCCCAUGCAAUUCCUAAAUUAUACUCCCUGGAUCCGGAGCAAAAGGAAGAGUUAGUUGUUAUUAUUGAAAGACUGUUGGGUGAUAGGACAACAUUGGUUGUGGGUUCAGCGGUAAUGGCAUUUGAUGAAGUUUGCCCCGAACGGGUAGAUUUAAUUCAUAAGAACUUUCGAAAAUUGUGUAAUCUUUUGAUAGAUGUUGAUGAAUGGGGUCAAGUUAUUAUUAUUAACAUGCUCACUAGAUAUGCUCGAACGCAAUUUGCUAAUCCAAACCUUGAGGAUGUUCAAAGUGAUGGAAAAUUUUAUUCGGACGCGUCAGAUGAUAGUGAUUCUAUAGAUUCUAGUUUACUAGAUAAGGCGAUUACUAAAAAUAGUCCUAAUGUCUUAGAUGUGGAUCAUAAACUGCUUUUACGUCAAACGAAACCUUUAUUGCAAAGUAGAAAUGCUGCAGUUGUUAUGGCUGUAUCUCAAUUAUUUCAUCAUGUAGCUCCAAGAAAUGAAGUACUUUUGAUAGCAAAAGCACUGAUACGACAUCUUCGUAGUUAUAAAGAAAUUCAAAGCGUUGUUCUAACAUGUGUUGCAUCAUUAACCAUAACAAGAAAAUAUAUAUUCGAACCGCAUUUAAAAUCUUUCUUCGUACGUAAUAGUGAUCCAACCCAUAUUAAACUUUUGAAAUUAGAAAUUUUGACUAAUCUUGCAACUGAAGUAACAAUAUCUAUAAUUCUGAGGGAAUUUCAAACUUACAUCGCCAACAGUGACAACUAUUUUGUGGCAGCUACAAUCCAAGCAAUCGGGCGAUGUGCUUCAUCUAUAGAAGAAAUCAGCGAAACUUGUCUAAAUGGACUGAUUCACCUAUUAUCAAGCAAAAAUGAACAUGUAGUUGCUGAAAGUGUGGUUGUUAUAAAGCGACUUUUGCAAUCGAAAGCAGCGGAAAACUCAGAAAUAAUAUCUCAAAUGGCCAAGCUAUUGAAUUUCAUAACAAUUCCAGCAGCAAGAGCGUCAAUUCUUUGGCUUAUCGGUGAAUAUACAGAAAAAAUACCAAAAAUAGCUCCAGAUGUCUUGAGAAAAUUGGCGAAAACUUUUGGUGAUGAGGAAAACAUUGUCAAGAUGCAAAUAUUAAAUCUUACGUUGAAACUUUAUUUAACUAAUCCAGAAAAUGACUUACUUUAUCAAUAUAUUUUUAACUUAGCGAGAUAUGAUCAAAACUAUGAUAUUCGUGAUCGAGCCAGAUUAUUGAAAUUUUUUAUAUAUCCUGAUAAAGAGGGAUCUAAAAUUUCAACAAGAGCAAAAGACAUUUUUUUAUCUUCAAAGCCUUAUCCCACUGCACAAAGUAAACAUAGUGAGAGAGAUCAAUAUCAGUUAGGUUCUUUAUCCCAUUAUAUGAACAUAAGAGCUGCUGGAUAUAAAGAUUUACCAGAUUUUCCUGAAGUUCCACCAGAUCCAUCCGUUAGAAACAUAGAAAAAACUAAAAUUCAAAGCAAUUUGAAUUUUUCGUCAGACAAUGUCGUCGAAAAAUUAAUCAGAAAAUCAAAAUUCCCAGAUGAAGAAUACAAUUCAGAAUCUUCCGACUAUUCAGAAACAUCCUCUGAAUCAAGCACGGAAAACAGUUCUGGCGGUGAAGAUGACGCUGAAGAGUCUGAUGAACGAAAUGGGAAAAGUAAGUUUGGAAUUGAAAAUGAUUCUAAAAAAGAAAAAAAAAUUGAAAGUGAUAGCGAAGAAGACGAAGGUGAUACAGAAACCAAUAGCGGCAGUAGCGAUGAAAGCUCUUCGGAAUCCGAGAAUGAUUCUACUUCAUCAAGUGAUGAGGAAUCCGAAGAUCAACAAGCUGAUGAAAAAAUUCAGGCAAAUGAUGAUAAAUAUUCUAAUAAAAAGAAAUUAGAUAAGGAUAAAACAACGAAAGUUGAACAGAAAACUUUCCAACGACAAGAUACAAGCAAUUUAGAUUUGCUUUUAAAUUUAGAAAAUGUUCAAUCAUUUGGAAAAAUUAUGACACCCACUCGGGAUAUCAGUUUUGAAUCAGGAACAACUUCAUCAAUACAAACACACCUAUCACCUAACAUCGAGUUAGUUAGUUCAAGUUAUAUAGAACAUCAAUUCGUCGAAUUAGUAAAUAAAGUUUCUGGACAUGGCUUAGAAAUACUUUAUCGAUACACAAGAACUCCACAUUUGGGCUUGAACAUGAUUUCAAUUGAAUUAGAAUUCAAAAAUCAUUCUUAUAAAGAACUAACAAAUAUUCAUAUGGGUAAAAUUAAAACUCCGACAGGACUCGGAAUAUCUAUAAAUGAAUUUCCACAAAUUGAUAUUAUACAUCCCAUGCAGACAUGCCAGGGUAUACUUGGAGUAAAUUUUAAUGAUUCAACCCAUGAAAUUGAGUUCGAAAUAAUUUUCAAUCAAACUGAAAAGUGUUUAGUUACUUUUAAACCACGUGUAGGGGAACUCGUAAGGUCUGUUAAAAUACCAGAAAAGAUAUUUAAAAAUGAGCGUUUGAAUUUACGUGGAAUGAAUGAACAUCAAUUUAUAAUUAAAAAUUCAAAUGAUUCUUUGGAAGAUAUUAAACAAAAAAUUUACAAAGUCAUAAAUGUUAGUAACGUUGAGUCUUCGGUCGGUAAUACAGAAAUUCUUUUUGCUGGCCAAACGAUUACGAAUAAAAAUUUGGUAUUAAUUAGUAUAGAAUUUAUUGAACAGACAAAUGAUUCUUCAAGAGAUACAGUUAUUACAGUAAACUGUGAAAACGUUGUGUUAGGGUCAUUGUUACUUAAUGAAAUCAAAAAGUUUAUUUUUGCUUAAGGAAAUCAAUCUCACCAUGACUUAGAAACGUGGUUUAAAAAUUUUUAAAUAAAGGGAAAAUACUAUAAAGAAAAAAUACAGUGGCGAAAUUAUUUUAUUUUAAAACUGCAAUAGAUAUUGAUUUAAAUAAAAUAUCUACAAAUUGAUGAAAAAUAGUUAUAGAAACUAACAUAAAACAUUUCGUACUGACGAACCCUUAUUAACAUACAUAUAUUAGGA